AUGACAAGAGAAGGACAACUAACAUGUCGAAAAACAAAGAAAAGAAAUGUGACAGAAAUCCUGAAACAAGUUCAGACUAAAAUUCAGAAAUUAAUAGACGAAAAAAGACAAGCCCUUCGAGAUCUGAAGGCCAUGCAAAAUCGAAAUAUAGAGCUGACAAGACAGAUCAAACAAAUGGAAGAACGAAUAGCAGAGCUAGAGAAAAAGCAGAUAUGGGAUAUAUGUGUAGAUGAAAAUGCGGAAAACAAUUUUGAAUCAAAUAAUAUACAACUAGACAUGGAUGAAGUAAAAAUGACGGAAAUAGAUCUACUGCUAAAUGGAUAUUUAAAUAAUUUGGCUGAAACGAGCAAAAACUGA